GGGAGACCAGAUACAGCGAAUGCAGGGUCCAGGGAGACCAGAUUUAGGGGAUGCAGGGUCCGGGGAGACCAGAUAUAGUGAAUGCAAGGGUCCGGGGAGACCGGAUAUAGUGAAUGCAGGGUCCGGGGAGACCAGAUAUAGUGAAUGCAGGGUGCGGGGAGACCAGAUAUAGUGAAUGCAGGGUCCGGGGAGACCAGAUAUAGCGAUUGCAGGGUCCGGGGAGACCAGAUAUAGUGAAUGCAGGGUCCGUGGAGACCGGAUAUAGUGAAUGCAGGGUCCGGGGAGA